GCGGCAGUGGCGGCAAGAGGAGGAAGUGGCUACGGAGGCGGCGGCUGAGAAUAGCGGGCUCCCAGCGGCGGCCUGGAGGAGGAGGAUUCUUUUUUGCCUGGAGUCCUGGUUCCUGUUUCUUGAGUAGAGGUUGUGGCUGUUGAAUCUUGGGGACACAGCCUUUUCUGCCUUGCUCCCACCCACCUCCUCUGCAGCACCUCCAUCGAAGGACGAAGAUGCAGACCUUUUUGAAGGGGAAAAGAGUUGGUUACUGGCUGAGUGAGAAGAAGAUGAAGAAACUCAAUUUCCAGGCCUUUGCUGACCUGUGUAGGAAAAGGGGCAUAGAAGUUGUGCAGCUCAACCUUAGCAGACCAAUUGAGGAGCAGGGCCCGCUGGAUGUGAUUAUCCACAAAUUGACUGAUGUCAUCUUGGAAGCCGAUCAGAAUGACAGCCAGUCCUUGGAGUUGGUUCACAGAUUUCAGGAAUACAUUGAUGCUCAUCCUGAGACCAUCAUUCUGGAUCCACUCCCUGCCAUUAGGACCCUUCUAGAUCGAUCCAAGUCUUACGAACUUAUUCGGAAGAUUGAAACCUAUAUGAAAGAUGAAAGGAUCUGUUCCCCUCCCUUCAUGGAGCUCACAAACUUUUGUGGAGAAGAUACCUUGCAGCUUCUAGAGAAGAAUGGACUGGCUUUUCCAUUCAUUUGCAAAACCAGAGUGGCCCAUGGCACCAACUCUCAUGAGAUGGCCAUCAUCUUCAACAAGGAAGGCCUCAGUGCCAUCAAGCCCCCUUGCGUGAUUCAGAACUUCAUCAAUCACAAUGCUGUCCUAUACAAGGUGUUUGUGGUGGGCGAAUCCUACACUGUAGUACAGAGACCAUCUUUGAAGAACUUUUCUGCAGGAAUGUCAGGCCGCCCGACAGGCAGCCCUCCUGGACCGUCUUUCAUGCCCUCCAUCCGGAUUGGCUCCAGAGCGAGUCAGAGGAAGGUCAGAAAUGCUAAGGCAGCAAUGGGCCUUGAAGCUCGGCUAGCGAGAAAUAUACCAGACAGAGAAUCAAUAUUCUUCAACAGCCACAAUGUGUCAAAACCAGAGUCAUCUUCCAUCCUGACAGCACUGGACAAAAUAGAAGGAGUCUUUGAGAAGCCCUCUGAUGAUGUCAUCAGGGAAAUUUCCAAGGCCCUUCGACAAGCACUUGGUGUGUCGUUGUUUGGGAUUGAUAUCAUCAUCAACAACCAGACUGGACAGCAUGCAGUCAUUGAUGUCAACGCAUUCCCAGGCUAUGAGGGUGUGACUGAGUUCUUCACUGACCUCUUGAACCACAUAGCCACUGUCCUGCAAGGCCAGAACCUGGAGGUAACCCCACUCAACCACAACAAGUUCCUGACUGACCCAUCUGGUGGCCUAGCGAGUGAGCGGACACGUGGCACCAGUACUGGGUGCUGCAGCAGCAUGAUGGGCAAAGACUCCUGGAUCGUAGAGAAUGAAACCAACAGCUCAGUGAAACUACAGCACCAGAGACUAGGGUGCAACACUGCUGUGUCCCCCAGCUUCCAACAGCACUGUGUGGCAACUCUGGCCACCAAAGCAUCCUCCCAAUAACUAACUGGUGGCACCAUGGACCAGGGCACGAGCAAUGGGCCCAUCUAGAAUCACGAUAAUGAGGCGAGCAGCUUAGAAGAGUUCCACAUACUACUACAAAUUUCCAUUGAUUAUUUUUUUAACCUGAUUUCCUGAUGCAGUGAUUAAAAGGAGGAAAAAAAUCCCACAGUGAUCAGAGCAGAAGAAAAUUGGAUGUUUCACCCAGUUCCAUUUGCAAAUUUUUUAACAAGUUUACACACACUUGUUUUUUCAACACUAGACCUUAAUGUGUGGGAUUGUUGGUUUUUUGCUUUUGGUGAUUUAUUUUGUGGUUUCAUAUGUGUGUAUGUGUGUGUCUGUGCGUGUAUCUGUGUGUGUGGUAUACGUGCGGUUAUUUCCCCUUUAUAAACUAUAAUUGACCAUCAUGGGCCAGACUGUGUUAUUUUUAACAAGUUAUUUCAACUGUUUAGGCCUUAGUUUCCUCAUCUAUAAAUUGAUGGGUUUGGUCUCAAUCUCUAUGGUCCCUCUAAGUUCUAAAUCUUAGUAUCCUUUGUCUUAAAUCCAGAUAUCUUGGAAUCUGAGAGGCCAAUGAAAUUGUGUGUGAAUCGA